CCCCACACCACCAAAGCCCACCCAGCCUCAAACGCCCACGUUGGAGCAGUAGCAGCAGCACAGAGCCGGAGCCCUCCAGCCGUCCGAUCGUCCGACACAGACAGAUCCGAUGGCCCUCGCUCUCUCCGGCUCCGCUGCUGCCCGCGUGCUCGCCCAGCGGCUGGCCCCAGCCACCGCCAGGGGCUACGCGGCGGCGGCCUCCUCCGGGGCGAUGAGGCGCGGCGCCGCGGCGACCGCGGACGGGAAGGCGGCCAGGGAGGCUGAGAAGGCCGCGGCCGACGCCUCGUGGGUGCCCGACCCCGUCACCGGCCACUACCGCCCCGCCAACCGCGCCGCCGGCGCCGACCCCGCCGACCUCCGCGCCGCGCACCUCGGACAGACCUACGCACGGGCUUGAAGCCCCGCUCGACGACCCUCCUGGCCCCGCCAUGGAAGGAAAACUGCUAUGCUAGGUAACGAGGGAAGAGGCAGGCGGCGCUCGUUCGCCGAGCGCUGCGCGCGACGCGGCUUAACGACGGAUCAUCAUCAUGAUCGAUCCUAUACUACUGGGGAGGUGCGGGUUGGAUGUUUCCCAUUGUGUGCGUGCGUUCGUCUGGGCUUGGAUGCCCUGCUAUAGUGUUGGUGUGCUCAGAUCAGAUGUAUCUCUCGUCGAGCAGGGCUUGUACCUUUUACUUUUAUUUACAGCUAGUAAUAAUAACGAAAGAAUCCAGCGUUUUCUUUGUUCUAAACA